AUGUCUGAUCAUACCUCUCUUCCAUCAGCCGAAGAAUUAUUUCUUGAAGAUGGAGACAUUAAAGCAAUUAAAGAUAAUCGUGUCCACGCUCCCUCCAUAUUAGUAAUACCAAAAGAUAUUUCUAUUGAAAUAAUAAAGCAAUUAAUUCAAAGUUCUGAUCAACUUCCUUAUAAAUCCGACUUGACAAAUUUCCUUAACAAAAAUCCUCUAGUAAAAAUACUGCUUGCUCCUAAUCUUUUUUACCAAAUUAGUACUAUGGGUCCAGAUAGUAUAACUGAAGAAGAACAAGAUACAUAUUUUAUAUUAAGUACAGAAGCAGAGUAUUCGUAUUAUUAUUUGUGGGAUUGUAUUAUUAAAAAUACUUUAGAGUUAUUUGGAAUGCAUAGCGCUAGUUUAUCAACUUUGGAAUUUGAUCGCAAUACUAACAAACAAACCUCAACAGGUAAAGAAAAGUCUUGGAACGAAGCAGGAGAUCUUUCAAGUGAAUUAAUUGACAAAAUCAAAAAUUGGACCUACAGAGAUGUACUAUACAUCUUUGCAUACUAUGCUAUUAGUGUUCAAGUCAUAUUUGUUACUUUGUAUAAAUCUGAAAAUAAGAAAAAGAAACUGAAUGUUUGUUCUGAUCAGAUUGCAGAGUUUGAUUUAGAGC